AUUGACACACACUGUAUGUAGCUGAUGAUCGUGACGUCACACUCGAUCAAAUUAAACAUGGCGGGCUGUUGUAUCUUUUGGCGGUUGUGAUUUGUGUAAUUUGCAAAAUGGAUAGCUCAGGCAAUCUUAAAAGGGGCCCCCAAUUCUCCACCAACUUCAUAAUACCUCGAAAACAAGCCAAAACCGAAGACACAAACUCGCCUUCGAAUGCCCUGUUUCAACCUCUUCAAAAUGUGUACGCCGAGGACCCUACCACAGUAAUCUACAAGACGAUAUCUCAAAUUCAGGAGCACGUCGAACGUACCAAGGAGAAACCGAAGACUAGCGCCUCGACUCAAAAAUACAGAGACACGUUUCCUCACCUAAGCGAUCCGACCCUACCCGCCGAACUGCAGGCGCUCUUCCAACCAUUAUUCUGCAAACUGUGCGAGUGCCAACACUCGAGUAACAUAAUGGCGAAAUUGCAUUACGACUCCAAGCGACACAUGAAGAAGGUGCGCGCGUAUCUGAUCGAGUACGCCGAAACCACCGGAACCCCGCUGCACGAGAAGGCGAAGCCCCCCGAGAAACAGUUCGAAGAUCACGAUCCCAAAUAUUUCUACUGUCAACCUUGUGAUCUGCCUCUGACCGGCCGGCUGCACGCCGAAUCGCACUACAGCAGUAGGAACCACAGAAGGGUCAUUUUAGGUGCGGCGCCGCCUGCCGGGCGAGGACAGUACGACGGCUUCGGCAAUUGGAUUAGAACGUCAACGGUCGUUCCGAAACCUCACGACAGCUUCGGUGUCGACUUCGUGAUACCCGAGGAGAUAAAAAUCGAACGUCACCUGCGCCAGGACGGUCUGCGAUGUUACGUUUGCAACGUCUGCGUAACCUCGGAGCAACAACUGGAGAUACACAAGAACGGAUCGAAGCACAAGAAGAAGAUGAAGCUGUUAGAGGUGCCGCAGUCGCCGGUGGAAGCACCCCAUCCGCAUCAUGACAACACGAUACUAUCCACCUUGUCGUGUCCGAGCAUUUCCAAGAAGGAUCUGUCUGUCUUUCGGACCCCGAGCGGGUUUUACUAUUGCAACCCGUGCAAUCUCACUUUGAAUUCGGAGGUACAAUUUAAGCAACAUCUGGACAGUAAGAAGCACAAGAAGAAGGCGAAUGUGACAUAAUCUUCUGCGACUAGAGAGAGGACUAGUUCUGUAAAUGGAUGGUUACCUCGAGGAUUGCUUAAUUUGAAUAUUUCUGUUUGUGGUGCACCAGCCUGAAGUUACAUUCGCUUUUGAGGUAGUACCAACCCAAAUGGGAAAACAAAGUCAUUUUUU